AUGAUCCUUCUCAUGGAAAAGUCUCGCAAUAAUUCAUCUGGCAUAACCAGGAGAUAGUGCAGGAGGUGUGAAAGAAGGGACGGUCACAAGAAGGGGAGCCAGGGAGCGGGUUUCACUGCUGAGGCUUCCCGUCGUGAAAGCACAGCUCUGCUAAAAUGGGCCCUGUUUUUGUUCUGUGCUCUCCAACAGAAGAAGGCUUGCAGGAAGGAGAUCCCCACGCUGCAAUCCACUCCCCAGGCUGGGAAACCUGAGAAGGAGCGCCUGAAACACUGCUUGCCUGAUGUUUUGGAGUUAAGAACUUCCACAGAAGUUGCCCAGUCCACUUCUCUGUGCCUGUCAUCGAGUGUCCGUGCACCGGACAGCGAUGCCUCGGGCAGCUCCCAGCCCAGGGCUGCCCGCAGCAUGGCCGAGAGCAGCCGCAACAUCCCCACGCAGACGACUGGGUUGCCUCUGGGACCCUGCAACACCUGCGCCAGCGCCCAGGCCAGCCUCCGCGAGGUCGGCAAAGCCAUCACCAGCAUCUGCCAGAGCCAGAACAUCCCCUCGGCUCUCAGCAGGUUCCAGGAGACGGUGGAGGAGACCAUAGGGAGAAUGACCCUCUCUGCAACGGACAUGAGCUACUGGGCCUCGGAGCAGAGCAAGGAUCUCUCCCGGAUCAGCAAACACCUCCAGAUGCUGCUGCAGCAGGUCAACCCUCUGAAGUCUGAGCUGGAAGAGUCGGAGAAACAGAAGGACAAGCUGCGGAAACAGGUUGAGGACUUUUCCCGGUUGCUUCAGGUGGAGAAGGAGACCCAAGCGCAGCAGAGGAAGGAGGCUGAGCAGAACCUGGAAGUAAAGAACAAAGAGUACGUAGAGGCUGUAGCCAGGCUGGAGCGGGACAAGGACGACCUACGGAGAGGAGCUGCUUUGCUGGAAGAGCGAUUCUCCGCCUUAAAGGAAGAGCUGGCUGCGAAGCAGACUGCUGUGCAGGAGCUGGAGGCCACCAAGACGACCUUGCUGGAGGAGAUGAGGACCACAAUGGUGGCCAGGAGCCAGGUGCUGGAGCUGGAGGAGAAGGUGCAGCUGCUCACCGGCCAGCGGGAGAGCCUGGGCCAGGAGCUGAGCACCACCACCACCCAGCUAGAGAAGGAGAAGGCCAAAGUGGAGAGCAUGCUGAGGCACCAGGAGUCCCUGCAGGCCAAGCAGAGGGCCCUGCUGCGGCAGCUCGACAGCCUGGACCAGGAGCGCGAGGAGCUGCAAGCCAGCCUGGGAGAGGCCGAGGAGGACAAGGCCAGGCUGGCAGAGCAGCUGGAGGAGAGCCGGGAGCAGAGCGGGCAACAGCUCCGGGCGCAGCAGGAGCUGCUGGACGCACUGCAGCGGGAGAAGCUGAACCUGGAGCAGUCUGUCUCGGAGCUGCAGGCGAACGUGUCCAGGCUGGAGGAGCAGGCGCGGGAGCUGAAGGAGCGGGAGAGGCUUCUGGUGUUCUUCCCUGAGCUCCACAUCCCCGCUGAGACGCAGUUUGAGAGCACCGGGAGCUUGACCGAGGACAUGGAGAAGCAGCUACAGGCCAACAGCAUCCGGAUCAGGGUGCUGGAGCAGGAGAAUGCGCGGCUCAGGUCUACGCUAGCCAAGGUGAAGGUGGCUGCUGAGCAGGGCGUGCUGAAGCUCGUCCCGCAGACCCAGCUGUGGUCGCAGCUCAGCAGCCAGCGCGGCGGGGAGGCCGGCGGGCAGGACGCAGGGUGA